AGGAAGUGGCGGGGCCGGAAGUCGGCUGAGGGAGAGGCUGCUGCACCUGCAGGAGGAGGAGGUGGAGGAAGGGAAAGAACGAAAGAGGGAGAGGAGCUGCGGCGCGUCCGAACAGCUGCCGGCAGGUUCCCCCGAGGCUGCGAAAGCUCCGGGCGAGGUUUGGCUCCGGGCCCCUCCGAAUCCCCGUCCCCCCUGCAACUGGCGCCACGGCGGACAGGGCCGCAGGCAGCCGCGCCAUGGCGGAGUCCACGACCGCCGUGGGAGCCUCUUCGACGGUCACCGAGACGGAGGUGACGGAGCCGGUGAGGACGGGGAGCCGAGGGAGCGGCCGGGGCGGAGGGGGGGGAGCGGGUGGGCUGGGAGGGGGGCUGCGUUCGGCGCCAUGGCAACCGCGGUGAUGGAGGUGGGGGGGAGAGGAGGAGGAGCAGCGCCCCCGGUGUCUGGGUCCGGGUCCCCCUCGGUUGCCGUAGCAACCGCGAAUGCCUCUGGAAGGGGGGUGAGGCAGAUUCACGGAGGGAGUCAGGUGCAUCUGUGGGCGUUCGUCAUAGCCAGAGGUGGGAUGCUCCUUUGAGCGUGCGAGGGUGGGGCAUCCAAAGGCUUUGCGCUUUCCUUUCAUCGUUUUCUCUUGUGGGAAGCAGGACGCUGGACCUCUGGUCUGACCAUGCAACAGGGCUCUUUUUUAUAUAUAUAGGGAUCCGCACCCUGCGCUUAUUUCAUCGUGCACCAAGGAGCUCCCUGCACCCAUUUUAUCCUCACGGCCAGCCCUGUCAUGUAAAGUACAGCUGGGAGGCCCAAGGUCGCGCCGUGAGCUUUGGUCGGAGUGGGGGUUUGAGCCCACAUGCUCUUGGUUUUAAGGCUCUUAAGCUACUGCACCAUGCCGACUCUCCUGUGCAAAAAGGAUGGCUGCUGCUGCUGCAGGUUUGUGUGAGUCAGCCAGCCUGCUUUUUGCAGAAGUGAAGCCUUUGGCAGCCGGCGUGAUGGCCGUGUCUUCCGCUGUAAUGCAUUUGAAUACCAGUUGCUGGGUGUCACAGUCAAGGUUUUGUGAGCCAGAGAGAGAGCCUGCACAACUUAACCAGUAUUGCACGGUUAUGGGCCACGUAGAAAAUAAUAGAUUGCCAAACCACUCAGGUCUCCUGGUCCGCCACCAUUAUCAGUUGUUUUCUCAUUCCCAUCAGCCUUGCUUGACCCAUCUCCUGUGCAUUUGCAAUGGCAGCAGCAUCCAAAUAUAUUCAGUGCAGUUAAUAAGCAAAGUGAUUUAGGCUGCAAAGGCAACAGCAAAUGGAUAAGCAGAAGGCGCUUAAGUGGAUAAGUGGGGACAGGCUGUAGCUCAGUGGUAGAGCAUCUGCUUUGCAUGCAGAAGGUCCCAGAUUCAAUCCCUGGCAUGUCCAGAUAGGACUGGAGAAAUAACCCUGUCUGAAGCCCCAGAGAGCUGCUGCCAGUCAGUGCAGAUGGUAUUGAGCUGGAUAGACCAAUGGUCUGACUCGUGAUAAGGCAGCUCCCUGUGUUCCAGCUACAGUAAGAAAGAAUCAAAUAUGCUUUUAUAGCUUCUUGGUUGUAAGCACUGUGACAGCUUGGUUCAGAGGAAGGCAGCAUGGAUCGUUAGCAGUACUGAAAGACUGGGAGUUGGGAAAGCAUGGUAGCAUUCUUCCAAGUACCUGAAGGGCUGUCACACAGAAGAUGUCAAAGGCUUGUUCUCUGAUUCCCCAGACGGCAGCGCUAGAACUAAUGGUUUUGUUACAGAUUUUCAUUAAACGUUAGGAGAAACAAUAGGAGAGCAGUUCAGCAGUGGAGCCAAUUGUCUAUGUCGUGAUGGGUGCUCUCUAUCUCAGAAAGUAAACAGCUCUGUAUAUUCUGUAUUAAGCAAGGGGUUGGGCUGGACUGCCUGCAAGGUUUGCUCCAGCUUUAAUUCUAUGGAACAGUUUAGAAAAGCUAAGUAGGCCGCAAUGCAAAGCCCACUGAAUCUGCUGGGUAUCAGAGUCACUUUUCACAGAUUUUGGAAAACAAACCAGCUGUAGAAGGGAAACUGGCAACCUAAGGAGUGGGAAUGGAAAGCAAGGAAGGUUCAGGGGGAUUAAAUAAAACACAUUUUAAAUUUCAGCACAAAACAAGCAGGUUGAUAAACAAUUGCAUGUCCCACUAUGUGUAGAUCCUGUGUGGCAUUGUGGUCUUCCUUCCCAUUGUUUCUAAAAUAUUCCCAGCUGUUGAUGGAAUAUUUAUUGCAUGCCCAUAAUUGCUUAGCUGGUGACCUCCUUCAUCCAGUCUUCUGCCAUCUGCCUAGUUCAAGAAGUAGUAGCUCUCUCUCUCUCUCUUUCCUGACAAGCUCCAUCCACUCUAUACUAUGGUGCCAUCAUGCCUCACAACAAUGUGAGUGCAGCCACUACAAUAUCUGUUUCAGCCUACUCUACCUACCUCUAUCGGGAAAUUUCACAGACCUGUAAAUACAGAACAAAAAUGCAGAACCAGUUUAUGGGUUUGGUGCAAGUUCUUUUUCCUUCUCACCAGAGCAGAAGUGAGAGCUGCCCAUAGGAAUCAGUGAAGAAAUCCAGGAUUUUAGCUUACCUGUGAUUAGACGUUUGUGUGUUUCUUUACUUCUUGCUGCCCCUCCAAAGGAUGGCAGCAAAGACACAGUACAGUGGAUUUGCCAAUACUGUAAAAGUAAUCGAUUCAUCCUUUAACACCCCUUAAUAAAAGCACUGAACUUGAUAUACGCUGACGAUGCAGCAUGAGACACAAAUUAAGAUAGGGAGCAUUCCUAACAUUUUCAAAAUUCAGAAUCAUGGCUGAUUUUGAAAGUAGUUGGGGAUUAGAAAUGGAUUCUGCAAAUCUGACUGGCAUUUCCUUUACAGCAAAGUGUCAGUGGUUUCCCUUGCCUUUCACUGGUUUCAUGGCAAAUUUUACUACUGGUCUUCAGGGUGCUGCAAGACUAUUGCUUUUGCUACAACGGACUGGCAUGGCUGUGCUUUUGAAAACGGUUACAUAUAAAUAUACUGAAAAGUAAUGUGCUGCUUUACAGUACUGUACUGCUGCAUGUUAAAUUGCUGGCUGGCUGGUGCUUUUUACGGUGGUGCAAAGAAAAUGCAAAUCUGAUCCCUAGAACCUGAGUUCAUAUUACUUAUAGCUGCAGUUAAAUCUUGGGUUUCUCAAUUGAUUUCUUUGGGCAGCCUCCCAUUUCUGCCCCAGGGGAUAUUUAAAAAUGGCUGGAAACAGUCUGCACAGGCAGAGAGGCACGCCUCUGCAGGCCUUUUUCUUAUUUCUGUGGGAAGGCCUGUGACAUGAGGAUAUUGUCAUAUUGGCUUGAUGAGAGGAGGAGGAGGAGCCGCUAAGACUUCAGAAUCCUCUGCAAUUGUACAUGGAUUUACUAUUGGCAGAGGCCAAGAGUUCCUAGGCAGACACGCUGAUGCGGAAAGCGUUCCUGGAGGACUCGAGUUUUUGACAAUCAGGUACUCAUGUAUUGAAUGGGGGAAUCGCCAUACCAUUUUCUGUUACGCAAUUUUCUCCCUGUUUCUCACCAUUACGUUCACAGGAGAAUCGCAGCCUCACCAUCAAACUGAGGAAACGGAAACCGGCCAAGAAAGUGGAAUGGUCAAGUGACACGGUGGACAAUGAGCACUUGGGACGCAGAUCUUCCAAAUGUGAGCCACACUUCCACCUAUCUCGGGCUACUUUGAGAGACCGUCUCCUCACUAUACAGUGGUACCUCGAGUUACAAAUGCCUCAGGUUACAAACGCUUCAGGUUACAAACUCCGCUAACCUGGAAGAGUUACCUCGAGUUGAAAACUUUGCCCCAGGAUGAGAACGGAAAUUGUGUGUCAGCAGCGCAGCGGCAGCAAGAGGCUUCAUUAGCAAAAGCACGCCUCUAGUUAAGAACAGUUUCAGGUUAAGAGUGGACCUCCAGUACGAAUUAAGUUUGUAACUAGAGGUACCACUGUAUUCUCAAUGUAUCCCCAGAGGGUCCGCCCCCCAUGAACCCAUUUCCCUGGUUCUGUGGUGAGAUCACAGAGUCUGCUAGUCAAGUUGCUGUCAUUCUGCCUUUUGUUCCCGGCAUUCACCAGCACUUGUCCCCGAGCUGCCAUCAUUUCUUAUGUCCUUUGGUGUGCACAGCAGCACCGUGUGGCAUGUAAACUUAGUAACCUGGAACAGCCGGGAAGCUGGGUGCCCAAUGCUCCCAAUCCAAUAGGCUCAGCAAGCCAGAUGCCAUUUGUGGACCACCUGUUGAGGGAUGUAUUUGGCUAGUUUAGCCACCAUUUUAUUAUUGUUCCAUUUUUAUUCCGUACUUUCCCAAAGCAUCUAGGACAGUGUAUAUGGUUCCUCUCUUCUCCCCGCUCCUUCUAAAACCUGGCCACACCCAUUUAAUUCUUUUAUCCUUACAAGCAACUUUGUGAGGUAGGUUAGGCUGAGAGACGGUAAUUGGCCUGAGACAAAGAUUCAUGGCCAAGUUCUGAUCUGAGCCCAGAUUUCCUCGGUCCCUGUCCAUCACUCUAAGCUUCACUAUUAGCUCUCAGCUUUAUAGCAAUUGUGGUAGUAGAAAUGCUUGGGGGGGGGGCAUUUAUUUGUCUGCUGAUGUUUGGGAGCAGUUUUGCACAGGGAUGACCAGCUGAUGGUUCUAGGCAAGAUCUGAGGCUGGGGCAACUUUAUUCCCUACCUCCCUUUAUUCUAGCUCUCUUUCCAACCCAUAUCCACUGGCAGCUCUCCCUAAUUUUAAUCAAGGUGUAUAAAGGUUUUCCUACUGGAAAAGGGAAGCAAAAGCUUUAGGAAGCAAAAUAUGCCAUAUCUCAAUGCACUGACAUGUAUAUAUGCAUAGAUGUUUGUAUUUGCUGCCAAGUCUGCAAAGCCCUUUCUGCUAGAUGCACCAGCUCUACUAUAGCACCUGUCUACUCAUGAGCAGUUGCUUUUGAUUGGCAAGGCACCCUUCUCGCCUUGACUCUACUGUCUGGAGGGCUGCAUGGACCAUGAGAAGACCACAGUUCGUCAUCCCUGGUCUAGUGUAUGGGAAUGGCAGUAUCGGUUGUGAUUUGUGUGUGAGGAGGCCUGUAGACUAGUGCAGAUGAGAUUUAAAAUCCUUGGUAUGUUUACUUGUGGGUAAACCCCUGUGUGAUUUUGUAUCCCGGCCCAGCCACAAUAACCUCAUCCCACAUUAGCCAGCAUCCCCUGAAAAUGGCUGAUUGCCGUCUUCUAAUAAUAUGCUUAUUGAAUAUGAGUCAGCCAUAGGCUCGUGGGUGGCCACUUUGAAAACAGGAUGCCGGGCUAGGGGGGCCUUUGUUUCAUAGGAGCAGGGCUCCUCUUACCUUCCCAUGACAGAGCUUGGAUUAGAAGUGAUAGGCAUUGGAGAUCAAAGGCUGCUUACGCCGUGCUGGACAGAGAUGUUCCUGCUGUGGUUGGCAGCCAGUUGCCAGCAGGAAUCCCAGAGGCUCAGCGCUUCUACAGUGGUACCUCUGGUUACGUACUUAAUUCGUUCUGGAGGUCCGUUCUUAACCUGAAGCACCACUUUAGCUAAUGGGGCCUCCUGCUGCUGCUGCGCCGCCGGAGCACGAUUUCUAUUCUCAUCCUGAAGCAAAGUUCUUAACCCGAGGUACCAAUGUAUCUAGGUAUCUAUGAAGGUGGAGGUAGAAAGCUUUAAGGCUGCUUGACUCAGCUAUAGCCUUCCUUCCUGGGGGGAUACCUCCGGCUGCAGUAGGCCUUAUGCUAGGAGAGAAUCCUUCCUUCCUUCCUCUGUCUUCACAUGCGAGGAGUGGAGAAGCCUGACAGUAGGUUUUCUCAUCCUUUUGGCCUCUGCUUCUGUGCCUGUCCACUGGCUCCCUGGCCACACCUGAAGGAGAGAGAGUUGAAUUGCUCACUCUGACAACGCAGGUUCAACACCUGCAGCCGACAUUGCACAGGAGAUAAAUCUUCUGAGGCUGUCUGAAAGAUGUCCACGUGGGUGAAUUACUGGUAGAUGAGAGGGGCACGUAGCUGGGCCUCCUCCCAAAGGAUUUUGAUCAUUGGCAGGCUGUUGUCUGAUUCUCUCUCCCUUCUUCCUCUGCCCCCCUUUUCCUUCCCUCCUUGUGCCCUUCCCUUUACACUCUUCUCCCUAAUGCUCUACUACCCUGUAAUUGCUGUUUCCUCUCUUCCAUCAUGAUGCACUUUUUCUUUUUCCUCUCUUCCUACAUAUUCUCUUUAUCCCUGUUUCCCCUCCUGAUUAAUGUUUCUCCUCCAUCCCAUUUUCCCACCCUGUCUCUUCUUAAACCCCAUCCUUCUUUCCACAUCAUGAUCCUCCACACACUGGAUGAUGACCCAUAUUCUUAAACCUUCCCUCCCUCCCUCCCUCUCCCAUCUUCCUUACCUUGACGUCUCUCACCAUCUUGCUUCUGAACGCUCUCUGUCCCGACGCAGGCUGCUGCAUCUACGAGAAGCCGCGGGCGUUUGGCGAGAGCUCCACAGAGAGCGAAGACGAGGAUGACGAAGGCUGCGGCAAUGCCCACUGCAUCCGGGGCCACAAGAAAGGCCAGCACGGGAAGGGGCGGGGCAAAGCGGGAGACCCCAGCCCGUCGGAGAGCAGCCCCCAGAAGUCGGAGCCACCUGACCAGAACCACGCGGGGGCGAUGCAGCACUGAACCCCUCCCUGCCGCGGGGCGGGGGAGGGCAGCCCCAGCUUCUGCCCCAAAGAGGGACUGACGCUGCCCCAACUCGGGGGCAAGGGGGAGGGAGGGAGGGCCCGCACAAUCAGCUACCCGUCCGUCUUGUGCUGGCGCUGGUGCUGCCUCGGUCCCAGGGCGAGGGGAGGGGGAGGGAGGAGAGGGGAGGGCGCGUGCAUCCAGCUCCCCACCUGCCUUGUGCCAGAGCUGCUACUGUUGUCUAUCUGUCCAUCCGUGGCUGGUGAGUCCGUCUGGUGACACCCAUCCUCACUCCACCCGACGUGGAAUGUAGAAAGAGAGAGAGAGCCUGCUGGGUUUCUUGGCUGAAUUUCUGCCCCCCAUGCUUCUUCAUUAAAUAUUUGCAUCAGUGAUAAACAAGGUGGGAAACGGGUGCUGCUUCAGAAAAGGGCAGCGAUGGAGCUGUGCCCGAGCUCCUGUCGGACAUGCAUGCCCUCUCGCUCCCUGUUCCCGGCUUUGAGCACCCCUCCGUUUUCUGCCUGUACACCUCCUCCCCUUGUCCUCCCCCAGUAAUUUCCUUCCCUAAUCAGCCCAGUUCUAACCCUCAAUGAAGUUCAUUCUCUCUCACUCUCACCCUGCCCUCUCUGAUCCCUGAUUGUCCCACCCCCACUUCUCCUCUCCCCCCCCCCCGUACCCCACUCUUGGCCUCCCCACCACUGCAGGGCCACUGCUUCUGACACACGGCUGCCUCGAGGGUGCAGCUAUGGGGUUUCCCCACCAUCCUAAACUUUUCCAGGAGCCCUCGGUUCCUCCUCCGCACUGCUACAACAACUGUGAUUGGUUGUCUUCAGUUGUGUCUUUCUAAGAGGGCACCCUUCCCUUCCACGGUUCCUUUUUUAAAAAAAAAACCAAAACAAAACCCAACAAUGCUUGUUUUUCAUUAUGUUAUGGAACGCUGUGAUAUAUUUUCUUUUAAGUGGGGCUGGGGAGAAAAGGAAGGAAAUCAGGGUGGGUGCACCUAACUCGUGAGGUGGUCGGCGGGGGUUCAGAAACUGGUGCUGGAGUUGGGGAAGAGGCGUUGUGGAUGUGGAAGGCGGCUGAGAAUUAUGUGCUGUGGUAGACUCUGGCAUCUGCCCAGGGUGCAGGGUUGGUCCUCAUUUGGAGAAGGUCCACGAUCGAAUAAAACAGAUCCUGAUCAGCUUUCACGGUGAAGUGGAACGUCAGCAGAAGGUGGACUUCAUGACCUUGCGUGAAGAAUACCAGCCUUCUGUUGACUUUCCAUCCUUUGGCUGCAGAACAAGCUCCCCCCUCCCCUCCUGAAAUCUUGCAUGACCGCAAAGGGAUCGUGGCAUUGCAAUGUGGGACAGGGGCACCUUCCCUUGCAUGACUCACAGAUCACUCUGUCACUCUCCCUGCCUGUGGUUUCAGGAAAAAAGUCCUGGGCUGAAUUUUUCAGUUCUCUGUUUUGUACAGCCUCGAACCCUCUCUGGCCCGUGUGCGCCAAUGUCGGCUUGCUUCUAAUUAAACGUCGCACUACCCCAGAGAACCACAUGGCAAAUCAUUUCCCACAAGGUUUCGAGCAAGUUAGGGGACCUCUGCCUGGUUUGGAGAAAUCAGCAGCACUUCUCCAGCUUCCAAUGGCUGAGGCAUAGGCCUGUCUGAAUUAAAACAGGCACACGUCACACUCUGAUCUGAAAAGAUUCUCUAUCAGGGAGUGAACGCAAGUGGUGCACAGUUGCUCUCAAAGCUUACCCUCUCCAUUUCUGCAUCAGUCACUCUUUUGAGCAAGAACACAUUGCAGAGCAGGAGAUGGGAGGUGCAAUGGGCUGCUGCCGCCACCUCCUCUCUCAGCAAGUGCUUUGGGUUCAGGGAAGCCUCUUGAUGAAUUUCUUUUGCGCAGCACGCUUUCAUUCCCGUAGCACGGUGUUCAGAUUGCCUGAUGGGUAAAGUGGACCUAACCAUCCUCUUUUGUGAUAGCCUUCCAUAGCAGGCACAAUUUGGCCCAAAUCAAGGGAAAGUCGGGGGUGUGGGGCUUGAGGAUUUCAUCACUUGGGGUCCUACGUUCCUCCAAUAAGUUGAACACAGUUUUGGAGCAACUACGCUAGGGUAAGCCACAGAUUUCUGUACACAGGCAGGGUGAGGAACUUCAUAGGCGAGUCAUGACUCUGGUGUUAUUAUUGGUCUGUCUUGUUUGGAUGAAGGAAAUGUGACAUGUUUAGCUGGUCCAUUUUGGGCACUUCCUCUGUUGGCCUUGGAAGUGCCUAUUGGCCACAAUACGGGAGGCUGAGCAAGUGGGACCGCUGAGCUUGUAGCCGCACGUAGUUGCUCUACAAAUAAUAAGCAUCCCCAUUUACCAAAGAAAGGAAAGAAAAAAGGGGGCCAAUGCUCCUUAGUGAAGCUGCUUUCUCUCCUGCCUUGCCCUAGGAAGAAAAUUAGAUGCAACACCUUAAGAAGGUGCCUCUGGAGUUUAAAACAGAAAUGCCUGCAGGUUUGGACAGAAAUCUUUGCUUCCUUGGUCGCUCCAGUAGCCCUAAGUCCUGUGCUGCUCAACUGGCUUAUAAGAUACGCACCCAUCUCAAAUGUAUUGCAACCCCAAAUGCCAAAUUUUGUCAAGCUCAUUACAAAUGGCAUACAUUACGCAAGUGUUGUGAUUAUUUGAUACACCAAUUAAAUUCUGGUUCGUUUAAACACAGUUGCUGUUUAGCAGAUGUGCUGAGGGACGAGUCGAGACCUUGCUGCCUCCGGCAUGCUGGGGGGGGGGGGAGUUCCUAGCGCGGUAACAAGCAAUGGGCCAUAUGGACAACUGGCAGACAGAGAGGGUGACAAGAGAGGAAACUGAAUAAUAUCGUUCAGCCUAGCCACUUGUAAUUCCUCUUACCCACCCUCUCCAGCCUCAGCAGCCAAUGUGUUCACUUUUAAAGCUUAUUUCUGCAACACAGAGGACUAGGAACAUGCUUUUAUUUUAAUUUUUUAAAAAAUAAAACUAGAUCUCACGU